GACAUGAGAUAGAACUUAUAUAAAUUCUGAUCUAUGUUGCAGACUAUAUGCUCAUACCCUGUUCAUAUUACUUAGUUGUUUCCUAUAUAUUGUGUCCAAGCUCCACCACAACUUACGAUGGCCAACGAAGUAGAAGUGUCUGGCAAAGUUGCAGGCGAUAAAUACAGAUCUUACAUACAUGAUGAGGCUGAUACAACCCUCUGGAGACAUGGAGGACCACCCCUCUAUGAUGAUGUGAACAAGCUUUUUGAAGAAGGGCGAACCAAGGAAUGGCCUAAAGGAUCAUUAGAGGAGAUCGUGCAAAACGCUAUAAAAUCAUGGGAGAUGGAGCUCUCACACAAAACCCGCUUGCAGGAUUUCAAGACUAUAAAUCCUGAAAAGUUCAAGAUCUUUGUUAAUGGGAGGGAGGGAUUAUCUGCAGAGGAAACUCUAAGCAUAGGAAGUUAUAAUGCUUUGUUGAAGAACUCGUUGCCACAAGAAUUGAAGUAUUACAAAGCUGAUGAAGAGAGCUUUGAAUCAUCUCAUGAAGCAUUCAGAUCAGCUUUUCCUCGUGGAUUUGCAUGGGAAGUGAUCAAAGUAUAUACUGGACCCCCUGAAAUUGCUUUUAAGUUUAGGCACUGGGGCUUCUUUGAGGGUCCUUUCAAGGGACAUGCCCCUACUGGCAAGAUUGUUCAAUUCUAUGGCUUGGGAACUCUCAAGGUUGACAACUCUCUGAAAGUGGACGAGGUGGAGAUAUACUAUGAUCCAGCAGAGUUGUUGGGAGACCUUCUGUCUGGAGGCAAUGACAACAAAACUUCAUCAUCUUCUCAAGGAUAUUGUCCUUUCUCCAAAUAAUUACACUGAAAAAUUAUAAGAAUGAUAUCAUUUGAUCUAGUUAAAUAUAUGUUUGAUUAAAAGAAAAUAAGUGUGCUACUAUUCGUGUCAUCGUGUGAUAAAUGGGGUCUUGUUAAUAAAAUAGUAAGUGUGCGUGGUCCUGAUUCACGCCUUUGUUUUACUUGAAAAACAUGCAGUGGUAUUGUGUUUAUAUAUAAUAAAAUUAUACACUAAUUUAUGUUUUUUUUUCUUUA